AUGAUGGCCGGCGGAGCAGUGCAGCAGAACGGACUCUUCGCCACCCCGCUUCACCACGGCCAGCAGCCGCACAUGGAGGCCGACCCUCCGGACUCCCGCAAAAGACCCCUGGAGACCCCCACUGAGGCCAGCAGCACCAAGCGCACUAACACGGGAGUGGCCUUCCUGCAGCCCCUUUUUGAAAGCGAAGGCAUUGUUUUCCCACACCAAGACACUGAGACCCAUGAGGAAGGCGAAUACUUCCUGAAGGUUUUGAUCCCCAGCUACGCGGCCGGCUCCAUCAUCGGCAAGGGCGGACAGACCAUCGUCCAGCUGCAGAAAGAGACUGGAGCCACUAUCAAACUGUCCAAAUCCAAAGACUUCUAUCCCGGUACUACGGAGCGGGUGUGUCUGGUUCAAGGCACGGUGGAGGCACUCAAUGGCGUCCACGACUUCAUCGCUGAGAAAGUACGAGAGAUGCCGCAAAGCAGCCAGAAGUCCGAACCAGUCAGCAUUCUACAGCCACAGACCACAGUCAACCCCGACCGCAUCAAACAGGCCAAGCUGAUCGUGCCCAACAGCACAGCGGGUCUGAUCAUCGGCAAGGGUGGCGCCACUGUCAAGGCGGUGAUGGAGCAGUCGGGCGCUUGGGUGCAGCUGUCUCAGAAGCCUGAAGGCAUCAACCUGCAGGAGCGCGUGGUCACCAUCAGCGGCGAGCCCGAGCAGAACCGCAAGGCCGUGGAGAUCAUUGUGCAGAAGAUCCAAGAAGACCCUCAGAGCUCGUCCUGCCUCAACAUCUCCUACUCCAACAUCACCGGGCCUGUGGCAAACUCCAACCCCACCGGGUCACCGUACGCCAACUCGGCUGAGGUCAUGCCGGCUGCGGCAGCGGCUGCCGCGGCCACCGCAUCCUCGCUCCUGGGUCAGGCGGGGCUGGCGGGGGUGGGCGCCUUCCCCGCCACCAUGUCCAGCCUGUCGGGCAACGACCUGCUCACCAUCACGUCCGCCCUCAACACGUUGGCCAGCUAUGGCUACAACACCAACUCUCUGGGGCUGGGACUCAACCCGGCCGCCACUUCGGGGGUCCUGGCCGCCGUGGCCGCCAACGCCAACCCUGCGGCGGCGGCUGCCGCUAACCUGCUUGCGUCCUACGCCAGCGACGCUUCCACCAGCGCCGCCCACCAGGCGGCGGGGCUGGGCGGUUUCUCCCUGGGCUCGCUGGCCGCCGCCACCGGAGCCACCAACGGCUAUCUGAGCGCCACCUCGCCGCUGGUGGCUUCCUCCUUGCUGGCCACCGAGAAGCUGGCGGAGGGCGCCAAAGAGGUAGUGGAGAUCGCCGUGCCCGAGAACCUGGUGGGCGCCAUCUUGGGCAAGGGCGGCAAGACGCUAGUGGAGUACCAGGAGCUGACUGGCGCCCGCAUCCAGAUCUCCAAGAAGGGCGAGUUCAUCCCAGGAACCCGGAACAGGAAGGUCACCAUCACGGGAUCGCAGGCGGCCACCCAGGCGGCGCAGUACCUGAUCAGCCAGAGGAUCACCUACGAGCAGGGGGUGCGCGCCACCAACCCCCAGAAAGUGGGCUAA